AUGGCAAACAAUUCUUCCAAUGGAGAUUACCAAACCACAACUAAGCCACCUCCGACCCCAUCUCCAUUGCGUUUCUCAAAAUUCUUUCAGCCCAAUUUGAGAAUUUUGGUUACCGGAGGAGCUGGAUUUAUUGGUUCUCACCUAGUGGACAAACUGAUGGAAAAUGAAAAGAAUGAGGUAAUUGUUGCGGAUAAUUACUUCACUGGCUCAAAGGAUAAUCUUAGGAAAUGGAUUGGUCAUCCAAGAUUUGAGCUCAUUCGUCAUGAUGUCACGGAGACAUUGCUGGUUGAGGUUGAUCAGAUUUACCAUCUUGCAUGCCCCGCUUCUCCAAUUUUCUAUAAAUACAAUCCCGUGAAGACAAUAAAGACAAAUGUUAUCGGUACACUAAACAUGCUGGGACUUGCCAAGCGAGUUGGAGCAAGGAUUUUGCUUACAUCAACAUCAGAGGUAUACGGUGAUCCUCUUGUGCAUCCCCAACCUGAGAGCUAUUGGGGUAAUGUUAACCCAAUUGGGGUUCGCAGCUGCUAUGAUGAGGGGAAGCGUGUGGCUGAGACUUUGAUGUUUGACUAUCAUAGGCAGCAUGGGAUAGAAAUACGCAUUGCCAGAAUCUUCAACACUUAUGGGCCUCGCAUGAAUAUUGAUGAUGGGCGUGUCGUCAGCAAUUUCAUAGCUCAAGCAAUUAG